AUAACCAACCAUUAUUUGUUCGUAGACAGUUGGUUUUUUCACUGAGCACAUUUUCUUGUUGAAAUCACGCAAAAAAAUGAAUGAAUGUUUGUGUAGUGCAUUUUUGUGAUGAUUCUUUCGCCAGAUAUGUCAUUGAAGACCUAUAAAAAAAGAAGCGGCACUUCCGACCAAGGCAAGGAAUACGAAUGGCUGCUCUGCGUUUAUUACGCUAUACAAUUAUCCUUGAGUUCGGAAAUUUCCGACUUUGAGCUGUGUACAAAUAAUGCAUUUUUCGGUGAUUUCGAUGAUGUCACCUUAAGAGUUCGCUUCAAAGAUGGCGUCGUUAAGGUUUACCUUCUCCAAACAAAACACAGCGAACAACCAAAAACCGUCACUGUUAAAGCUCUGACGUCAGACGAAGGCGGUUUGACAAUCUACAAAUACGAAAAAUCCUACGAAAAUACCCUACAACUGUCAAACUUUGUCUACAUUUUGUUUACAAAUCGGACAGCCAAAUUCAAGGACAAAACACAGCUUGAUGAGAAGAUUAGUUUAAGACAUUCGCAAUGUGUUGCUCGAAACUUUCUCAACACUGCCAAAAAUUCAGUCUAUAAAUUUGAAAGCGAGCAAAAUUCCGACUUUUACCAAAGGUUUUAUCUCUAUACCAAUCAAAAAAACGUUUCGAAUUUACACAAAUCAAUCGCCGAUUUACUCCAAACUCACUUUCAAACCGACAUCAAAUCAACUUUCGUCGAUUUCAUGCGAAUGUGGUGGGCGAGAAAUUUCAUGUUGUCAAAAUCAGACAUUGUUGCCAAAUUGGUUGAAUUGACACUAUCACCAAUGAUACAAACGCUAACGUGUGACAUUGACAACGAAAAAACCAAACUACUACAAGCCGCCAUUAUGCGAUUUGAUUUGACAUUAGUCGAACAAAAUGGCGGUUCGUUGAUAACACAAAUAUGGCAUCCGACACUUGACAACCAUACAAUCAAAACUGUCAGUAUGACAGGUCUCAAGUACGGUCUAGUUACCCAAGGUGUGUCAAAUUUGAAGCAAUUGACACGUGACCAACAAUCACGCAUCGCUUGGUACAUGAAUUUGUGGCCUUUGGUCGUAAAAGUCGACGAAACCAAACGAAAUCAACUCAACUGUGCUUUAAACCUUUUAAAACAAAACAAAAAACGUGUUGUUUUAUUGGACCAUGAUGUUGAUAUGAAUGGUUUUCACAUUUUCCGGAACUUGUCAGAUUUGCUUGAAGGUGACACUUUACGUUCUGCGAUUAUGCAAAAAUUCAACUGUUCGUUACAAGGCAAACUUGAUGUGACACUAGCCGAACUUGGGUCGUGUCUAAUGUCACACUUCAAGGUUGACCAGCUUGUCCAAAUUGCCACUGGCACCAACUUUAACAUUGGAGAGCCACUAGAAAUAUUGCCGCCAACUUACAUCGAGCGAAAAUUCCCCAAAAUUAUCCUCGACUGUAAAGUGAUUGAGGAUUCCAAACAGUGGAAAAUCUGUCUCAGUUGUAACAACCAAAAGGAGCAAUUUCGCGAAAAAAUUACUAAACGUAUGGUUAAGAUCACAACGGCUGUGACUGGUUUUGCUAAUUUUCCCAAGCAUUAUGUCUAUGCUACUGAUGGGGAAUACCCUAAGGAACUAACAGAGGAAAAAUAUCGUUAUUACAAGGCCGAUUGUCACUUCCGUGUCACUGGACAGAACGUACAGUGGUUGUCAAAUCGUGAUAGGUGUUAUGAAUUUAUCAACGAAAUUGUCAAAUAUGUCAAGAAUUCGAAUGAAAUUUGCACCGAGCGACAACUUGACGAUAAUUUCCAUUGUAAUGUCAAAGUUUUGACAUCGCAUACGGGCAGUGGCAAAACCAGUCUUUUGAAAAGUGUCAAAAACCGAGCUUUGACUAAUUGCUUUGUCAUGUUGUUUGACUUGAGGGAACAUUCAACAUUUUUCCAAAAGUCUCAGACUUCGAAGGAAGUUUGGAAUUAUGUGACAAAAUUUUACGCCAAAAAUCGUAAAUAUAACGAAUUUGAGACUGGACUUCUCAAGGAAUUUCCAAAACAACAAACUUUAAUACUUUGGGAUAGUUUCGACGAAUUGUCAUUCGGGUCAAGGGAAAAAUUUGUCAAAGUUGUGUCAGAACUUCGCAUGUUGGGAGUUUCUCAAUGGAUAACUUCGAAAAAUCAUUUUCGUCAAUCUCUGGAAAACGAAUUUCAAGUUUUCGCAUUAUCUAUGGUACCGUUCCACCAAAUCGACCAAAUCCAAUACCUGGAGAAGCGCUGUGGUGUCAGUGUUAAUUUAAUCGAGUCAAAUUUCUUGUCAAAUUGUCAAAUCUUAGACAAUCAGGAGUACCUGGGCAUUCCCCUCCAACUCUACAUCAUUAGCGACAUCUUCAAUAAAAACCCUAAACUACUCGAAGGGGUUUACAGUCUUGCCGACAUGUUUCGUGCAUUAAUUGAGGGACGUUACCAACAUUUUUUAUCAAAACACCCCAAUCAUGAAUUUUUGACACACAUUAUUAAUGAUAGUCGAGAGUACCGUUUGGACCAAUACAAAAUAGCUGCUGUCAAGACACACCUAAGUCAUGUUUAUGACAAACUCAACUUGAAAAAUACCGCACGUUUUAUAGAAGACGUACAAAAUGGCGAUUUUUUGGGACUUGUCAAUUGUCAAGAUGACGAGUUUGUUUUUGAGUUUAAAAUACUUGGGGAAUAUCUUGCUGCAUUGUUUCUUUCGGAAAAUUGUCAAAUGUUGGAUCUUGAAUUUAUUUUUGAAGUCAAAUAUCGAAAUAUUCGCUUUUUAUUCGAUUUGAUUAUGGCUGAGGGUCAGCCAGAUUUAAUUUCACUACUUUAUAAAAACUUUGACAGGUUUGACAAUUUUGACACGAGGGACAAAAUGGGUCGAAAUGCCCUACACUUGAUUUGUUCUUACGGCAUAAAGCACCCACUUUUACGCACGGAAGACGAGAAAUAUGCCUUCAGUCAAGGGGAUCUGGUACAUGAAGAUGCCCCACUUGUCAAACAACUUGUCAAAAAUUUGACACUCAAGUGUGACGUUGGGGAAAAAGACAAAUUGUUCAACUGGACGUGUUUUGAUUACGCCGAUCGUUCACUCUCACUUGGCCUUCUCGAACUUUUGCCAAAUCUUGACAACGUUCUUCCAACAUUGUCAAAUUUCAAUGACAUGUCCACCGUACUGUAUUAUGCCCUUAAAUUUGACUACCAAAACUUAUUCAAAUCUGCACAAAGAGAUAUAACGUUUGUGAAAGACACCAAUGGUGUUAAUUUCCUUCAUGUUGCAACAGAAUUCGGUCGUGAGCAUUUUUUGACAUGGCUUUUGACACAAAAAGUCUACAUCCAAGGCAUUAAUAUGCAAAAUUCGAGUCAUUGGGCACCGAUUCAAAUUGCCUCCUUUAAUGGCAAUUUGACAUUUUUGAAGCUUUUGCAAACCAAAGGUGCAACGUUUCCAUUACGUGAUCCCUCACUUGUGUCACUCGCUACGUCGCACCCUCAUCGUCACAUUCUCGACUUUUUGAUAGAAUGUGAAUGUAGCGUGAAUGAAUUCUACCAUCACAAUUACUUCACACGAUCGUUACCUCUGGCGAUAAGUCAUGGGCUAGUUGACAUUGUUAAAUUUUUAGUCAAAAACGGGGCAAAAUUCUACAACGUUGGCAAAAACAACAUGAAUGCCUUGCAUAUGGCUUUAGAACAUCAACAAUAUGAAAUUGCGGACGUGUUCCUUGAACAUGGCAUUAAUAUUGAUCAAGUUGACGGCAAGCAACAAUCAAGUGUUCAUCAUGCCGCACAAAACAACCACCCUGAUGUAAUCGAGUGGUUGUUGGCACGUGGGGCAAAAAUUAAUAUUUUUGACAAGAAUCAACGCAAUGCUUUGCAUUGGGCGGCACAUUCCGGGUCACUUGAAGCCGCAAAAGUGCUGAUCAAAGCUGGAAUUGACAUUGAUGUUUCUGAUGAUCAAGGUUUGACACCGUUACAUUUAGCAGUAUUGUCAGGACAAUUGUCAAUUGUUACGUUACUACUGGACGCAAAGUGUGACUUUAAACCAGUCAAUGUGUACAAAAGGACACCGUUACAUCUUGCCGCAAUGAACGAUUUGACUGACAUUGUCCAAGUUUUACUACAACAGUCAAAUUCAGUUGACUGUGUUGAAAGUCUCUACGGACGAACACCGUUACAUUAUGCCGCUUGGAACGGUCAUCCUGACUGUGUCAAAACCCUACUAUUGUCAAAUGCCAGUUUUGACAUUCGAUGCAAUUUCGGUUACACACCGUUACAUCUUGCCACAGAAGCGGAAAAUUACGAUUGUUGUCGUUUGUUACUCGAAGCUGGUGCUAGAUUUGACAUUGCUAACCGUAACGGUACUACAGCACUCGAUCUAGUUAACAGUCUUGACAUUUUCAUGCUCAUGAUGACAUUUGACACAUAUCCAAUACAUACAGCAACGUCUAAAGGCAAUUACGUUGCAAUCCCUGAGAUUGUAACACUUGGACAUGACAUCAACCAAUUUGACAGUCAAGGGAUGAGACCGUUACACCUAGCUGUCAAUUUGUACCAACCGUUCAACACUGUCAGAACUCUACUUGACAAUGGAGCCAAUGUCAAUUUGCGAGACAAAGAUGGGUAUAAACCUCUCCAUCACUUGUUACAAGGUCGUUGUCCCGAUCGAGACACUUUUGACUUACUUGUAACGGGUCGAGGUGAGCUUGAAAUCAACGCAAAAACUGUCAAAAACUUGACACCGUUACAUAUCGCAGCACAGGCCGGUUGUUUUAUACUAGUACCAGGUGAAGACACAAUUUUUGAAGAUUUGACACAGCUAUUGCUUGACAAAGGGGCAAAUAUUGAAGCAUGUGAUGAUGAUGGUUUUACACCGUUACAUUACGCAGCACAGAGUGGUAAUUUGACAAUUGUCAAACUUUUGACACGUGACAAUUUAAUUAAUCAAAUCAAUCGAUACAUUCGGACACCGUUACAUAUGGCUGCUGUCAAAGGUCACCACUUUGUUGUCAAAUAUUUAAUAGAUAGAGGGGCACAACAAAUCAAUGACUACGAAGGUGAUACUCCACUAGAUGAUGCUUUAAAAAUUGAAAGUAUUGAAACUAUCAAAUUAUUAACGAAUGAUUUGUCUGUGACCAAUCGUAAAAAACGGAACGUUUUACAUAUGGCUGCGAAACAAGGCCUGCUUGAUUUAGUCGAAACAUUUCAAAAAGAUGGAAUUAUGACUAGUGAGGAUUGUGAUGGAACAUCACCAGCUGAGGAAGCUUUAUAUAACCGCCAUUUUAAGGUUUUUGACAUUAUGGACUUGUCAAAUUUUGACGUUAAUAAAUACAGUCGACGGUAUAAGAAAUAUCCACUUCAUGUGGCCACUAAUUUUCAAAAACUAAGACUAGUUGAGAAGUUUGUCGAAAUGGGUGCCAGAACUGACGUGUGUGACAGUGAUGGCAAUACGCCGUUUUAUAAUUGUGAUGAUUUCUACAUUUUGCAAUUGUUGGUCAAGUCUGACAAUAGUGGUCUAAAUGUGCAAAAUAACAAGGGAGAGACCGUUUUACAUUUUUUGGCAAAAUUGAAACACAUUUUAUUGGAAUUUUUGGUGGAUCAAGGUGGCGAUGUCAAUUUAAUGGACAAUGACGGUAACACUGUUUUGGAUAUAUUGUUGAAUCGCGGGAUUAUCGUGAAAAAUGUGUUGUUUAAAACGAAUGGUUUUGACUGGAACAAAACAAAUCGUAAUGGUGAUACUUUACUCCAUAUUGCUAUCAAUUACAAUAUGGCGGAUGUCGUGCAAUGGCUACUUGAUCGAGGUGCCUCAACUGGAAUAAAAAAUCUUGUGAUUUACGCUUUACGAAAUUCUCAUGCUGAAAUUGUUCGAUUAUUAAUAAAAUAUUGUGAUUUGAGUCAGGAGGAGGAUCUUAUUUACUAUACUGUACGAUACGGAUGGAAACUCCUCCCAGAACUCCGCCCACAUAUCUCCCCCUCCGCUCUCACACCAAGCGAGCAAACCGAUCUCCUCGAAUCAGUUUGUCACGUUGAUUAUUUCAUGGACGUGUGGGAUUUACUCCCCGACGCUGAUGUCUCCACCAUGGCAACCGAUCUCGGUGACACACCUCUACAUUUGGCUGUUUCUCGUGGCAACUUGACUUUGACUAAACGUUUACUUAAAAGCGGUUUAAAACCGAAUGAUGCUAAUCGUAGUGGUGAAACACCGACACAAUGUGCAGUCAAGAGAGGACAUUUCUCAAUUUUAUACCUUUUACUCGAGAAUGAUAAAAAUGCAGUGAUUCGAAGCGACCAGAAAGGAAAUACUUUACUACAUGAUGCAGCAAGUGAGGGGAAUUUGGAAAUUGUCAAGUUUCUACUAAAGAAGGGCUUUCGGAACGAUAUUUGCAAUGGGAGAAUGUGUACUGCAGCCGAUGUAGCAAAGGAGAAGGGACAUGAAGAGGUUUACCAGUUUUUGAAAAAUUUGUAAUAAAGUUUCUGGGGGAAAAA